CUCUGUAAGGCCUGAAACUGGACUAGGAAGUACAGUACUAUGGGACGUGGCUACGGAUCUUGACCCAAAAUGGCCGCUGUGUGUUUUAAUCCUUGCAGUCGCCUCAAAGGAAACAACUCAUCGAUGGGCCUCUGUAUCACUGACGGAACAUACUAAGGAUCAGUCUCAACACACUAAGGACUGAUUCUCUCAAGGUUAUCCUCCUUAGUAGGAAUACAGAUGUUUCUUCUCUAUUAUCUGCAGCUCAGACUUGGAUUUAAAUGGUCUCCCAUAUUUCAGUGAUUUCAAUAUCAGAUCUUUAUCACAGUCUAAAGGAUAUUGCGUCACCUUCCUGACUAGAGCAGGUGAUAUAUACAUUGAAUAGCCUAUAUCCGUCAUUGAACUGAAAACACCUCUGAUGGUAUUCCGAAUCUAAAGGAUCUCUCCCUCUAACCUCUAACCUCAACUGGCAUAACCCUAUAGCUCUACAUCUUUGUUUCUACAAUGAAUCCCUUUAGUCUCCCUCAGUGUGUUAUUCUGCUUCUCAGUACUCUACUGGGCCUGUGUCAGGGCCUGGAGUUCAGGGGUUCUGAGGGCCAGUGGGCACGGUACCUCCGCUGGGACGCCAGCACCAGAAGUGACCUCACCUUCCAGUUCAAAACAGACGUGUCCGACGCCCUGAUCCUCUACUUCGACGACGGCGGCUACUGUGACUUCCUGCUUCUCACCGUAACGGAAGGGAAGCUCCAGCUUCGCUUCAGCAUUGAUUGCGCUGAGACCACAGUCACCUCUGACAAAUCGGUCAACGACAGCUGCUGGCACUUUGCGAUGGUCAGCCGACACAACCUCAGAACGGUCUUGGCCCUGGACGGGCAGACCAAGGCGCAGGAUGUUCGACCAGAGCGCCAGUUCAUGAAGAUCGUCAGUGACCUGUUCCUCGGGGGCGUACCCGGAGACAUCAGGACCUCGGUCAUCACCCUGCCAACGGUUAGAGAGCUGCCUCCGUUCAGAGGAGUUAUCAAAGAUCUGAAUUACGGGAAAAAGGUUCCCAAGCUGAUCAACAGUCAGAAGGUACGUCUGGAGAUGAUGGGUCUCUGUACGGGGAACCCGUGUGAGAAUGGAGGCACCUGCUCCGUGGCUGAUGGAGAACCCUACUGCGACUGCUCCAACACGGGAUAUACAGGAAGGACCUGCAGCCAAGGUGAGAUGAUUCUGUCUUGCCAACCAAUUUAUGUUACUAAUUGGCGGCAUGCGGCCCCCCAGGCCCCAUGUAUGGCUCCGCUCCCCUCCUCCCACCCCACGCAAGGUCAAACAAGCUCCCCUCCGUGCAGCCAGCUCAUCAACCCCAGCAACGGGCAACACCUCACCCCCUCCGCCAUGGUCCAAGGCCUGACUGACAUCGUUGUGUCUGGGUCAUACAACUCCCCUGUCCCGCCAACUCCAGUUACCCGUCCCCCUCUGGGCCGUCGUGUUGACACGCCGUCAGGAGGAUAA